AUGGUGUGGUGUGACCGUGGCGUCCAGAUGCUGCUGACCACGGUGGGCGCCUUCGCCGCCUUCAGCCUCAUGGCCAUCGCCAUCGGUACCGACUACUGGCUCUACUCCAGCGCUCACAUCUGCAACGGCACCAACAUCACGGCGGACGAAGCGCAGGGGCCGCCUCGGAGGGCGCGGGGCGAUCUCACACACUCCGGGCUCUGGAGGAUCUGCUGCCUCGAAGGGAUCUACAAAGGACAUUGCUUCCGAAUCAACCACUUCCCUGAAGACAACGACUACGACCAUGACAGCUCAGAAUACCUUCUCCGCAUUGUCCGUGCCUCCAGCGUGUUCCCCAUCCUAAGCACAAUAUUGCUGCUGCUGGGAGGACUCUGUGUUGGAGCAGGAAGGAUUUACAACAGCAAAAACAACAUUAUUCUCAGUGCUGGGAUUCUCUUUGUUGCAGCAGGACUAAGUAAUAUCAUAGGGAUCAUUGUCUACAUAUCAAGCAAUGCAGGUGACCCAAGUGACAAGAGAGAUGAAGACAAAAAGAACCAUUACAACUAUGGGUGGUCUUUUUAUUUUGGAGCCUUGUCUUUCAUCGUGGCCGAAACCGUCGGUGUUCUGGCUGUGAACAUUUAUAUUGAGAAAAACAAGGAGCUGAGGUUUAAGACCAAGAGGGAAUUCCUUAAGACUUCUUCCAGCUCUCCUUACGCCAGGAUGCCAAGUUAUAGGUACAGGAGGAGGAGGUCCAGAUCCAGUUCUCGAUCCACGGAGCCUUCUCCAUCCAGGGACAUUUCUCCAGUUGGCAUGAAGAUCGCAGGCACCAUCCCCAUGAACGAGAUCUCCAUGUACACCCUUUCUAGAGAGCCUCUGAAGGUGACAACAGCUGCCAGCUACAAUGCUGACCAAGAAGCCAGUUUCCUGCAGGUCCACAACUUCCUCCAGAAGGAAUUUAAGGAAGGGCUCCACGUCAACAUGGUCAACAGGAGAACGACGCCUGUUUGAA